UGUCCGAGUCAGCAGUCCCCUCUCCGUCUCUCCCCAACCACCACCACCAUGCCUGGCACCCCUCCCCCCGCGAAAGUGAACGGAAACAGCGGCGCUAACGGCGACGUCGCUCAGGAGAACGUCGCCGACGUCCCCAAGGUCCCGAUGCACCCUAUCGCGCCCCGUCUCAAGCAGGGCCACAAGGUGCCCCAUGUCGGCCCGCACUUCGAAGCUUACAAACGGGCGCACAAGGAGACGGUCGGCCACGAGUCGGACAAGUGGUGGGCAAAGAUGGCCCGCGAGACUCUUCACUGGGAUCGCCCCUUCCACACUGUCAGAGCUGGCGGAUUCGAGACGGGCGAUAUCGUCUGGUUCCCGGACGGGGGCCUGAAUGCUUCCUACAACUGCGUUGACCGCUGGGCUUUCAAGCAUCCCAACCACACUGCAAUUAUCUACGAGGCCGACGAGCCGGACGAGGGCUGCAACAUCACCUACGCGGAGCUGCUGCGCGAGGUGUGCAGCAUCGCGAACGUGCUCAAGAACCUCGGCGUGAAGAAGGGCGACACGGUGUCGAUCUACCUGCCGAUGACCUGGCAGUCCGUCGCGGCGUUCCUCGCGUGCGCGCGCAUCGGCGCGAUCCACUCGGUCGUGUUCGCCGGGUUCUCGGCCGAGUCGCUGCGCGACCGCGUGCAGGACUGCAAGAGCCGCGUGCUGAUCACGACGGAUGAGGGUAAGCGCGGCGGGAAGACGAUCGCGACCAAGGCCAUCGUCGACGCCGCGCUCAAGGAGUGCCCCGUCGUCGAGCAUGUGCUGGUGCUGAAGAGGACGGGGAACCAGGUGCCGUGGACGGAGGGGCGGGAUAAGUGGUGGCACGAGGAGACGGCCAAGGUGCCGAAUUACUGCCCGCCGGAGGUCAUGUCUGCGGAGGAUCCGCUAUUUAUCCUCUACACUUCCGGCUCGACGGGCAAGCCCAAAGGCGUCGUCCAUACCACUGGUGGAUACCUCCUCUGUGCUGCGUUGACUGUGAAGUACGUCUUCGAUGUCCACCCAGACGACCGCUUCGCUUGCAUGGCAGAUAUCGGUUGGAUCACCGGUCACACUUACAUUGUGUACGGUCCGCUUUGCAAUGGUGUCUCCACCGUGGUUUUCGAGUCCACCCCCGUGUACCCGACGCCCUCCCGCUACUGGGAGACCGUCGAGAAGCACAAGCUGACGCAAUUCUACUCUGCACCGACUGCGAUACGUCUAUUGCGCCGCCUUGGCGAGCACCACGUACAGAAGCAUGAUCUGAGCAGCUUGAGGGUUUUGGGCAGUGUCGGGGAGCCGAUUAACCCCGAGGCAUGGCAUUGGUAUAAUGACCAUGUUGGCAAAAGGGAAUGUGCGAUUGUGGAUACGUUCUGGCAAACGGAAACUGGGUCGAUUGUUGUAACUCCGUUCCCUGGCGCUAUCGAGACUAAGCCAGGCUCUGCGACCGUGCCGUUCUUCGGUAUCGAACCCGCCAUCUUGGACGCCACUACUGGCAAGGAAUUAACGGGCAACAAUGUCGAAGGCGUGCUCGUCCUCAAGACUCCCUGGCCUUCAAUUGCCAGAACUGUUUACCAAGAUCACCAGAGAUACCUGGAAACGUACAUGAAGCCCUACCCAGGUGUCUUCUAUACUGGAGACGGCGCCGCUCGUGAUGAGCACGGAUACAUCUGGAUCAAGGGUCGGGUGGAUGAUGUCAUCAAUGUUUCUGGGCAUCGUCUCUCGACCGCCGAGAUUGAGUCGGCCUUGAUCAUGCACAAGGGCGUUGCCGAGACUGCUGUUAUCGGGACGCCGGAUGACCUGACCGGCCAGGCUGUGCAUGCCUUUGUGACGUUGAAGCCGGAAUUCACAUACGACGAGGACGAGGCCGCGCUCGUCAAGGAACUGACCUUGCAAGUCCGGAAGGUGAUCGGUCCCUUCGCCGCACCCAAGAAGAUAUACCUCGUCAACGACUUGCCCAAGACGAGGUCCGGAAAGAUUAUGCGGCGCAUCAUGCGCAAGAUCGUGGCAGGCGAGGGCGACCAGCUCGGCGAUCUCAGCACGGUUGCCGAGCCUGCCGUCGUCGAGGAGAUCAAGAACAAGGUGGCUGAGGCUAAUUCCAAGUAAUCGGGGAGUAAUCAUGCGCGAUCAGAGCAGUUAAGUUAAAGAAAUGUUAUAGUCAUUCUGUUGGUCUUGCUUGGAUCUAUCUAGUCGAGCCAGCACGGGGUGUUAGGUACCCUUGUAAUUGUAUUGUACUUGUCUUCGAUACCAGCAAUGUAUAUGUUCGUGUCGCUCUGUUAUCGCUGGCUAUGGUAUCGGUGUCACCUAAGAGGGCGUUCUGAACCUAGGAAAA